CUUGCGAUUCUUCAUCUUGCUCGCUGACAGGCUUUGGCGGUGUCAGGUUCAAAACAUAUCACUCUCUGGGAGUUUGUUAUCAACUCAUUUUUAGUUCGGGGGAUUUUGCACCAUGAGGGCUGUUAUUCUCUUCUGCCUGGUGGCUAGUUCGAUGGCCCUGCCCGGUUUAUGGCUGAGUGAGAGGGAAGGAAGAUGCCCAACCCAACUUGAUGAGCAGACCAUUCGUGAUGCAGACCGUUGCUCUUACAUCAAUGGAGUUGAACCCUGGGACUACAACUGUAACCGACCAGGACAAGAGACAUACAAGUGUUGUCAGUAUGGCAGUAGGAAAGUCUGUGUGGCCCCUGUUCUUGAUAAUGAACCAGUUGUGCAGGGACAAGUGCCAGUGAAGACCCAGGACGAGGUCAAGGAAGCUCUCAAGAAGACCAAGGACUUCAUCCGCAAGGUUGACCUGUACUCCGCCCCAGAGCAACAUCUCCGAACCACGAUCAGCCCUGACACGAUCAGAUGGUGCGUCUCCAGCCGCUGCCAGAAGACCAAGUGCCAGAGGAUGGUCAACGAGCUCACCUACAACCCCAACAUGGUGCCCAGGAAGGAAUGGAGAUGCAUUGAGGCUACUUCUCAGGAGCAGUGUAUGUUCUGGAUUGAACAAGGAUGGGCCGAUAUCAUGACCACACGUGAGGAGCAGGUCUACUCCGCUAAUACGACUUUCAAUCUGAAACCCAUUGCUUAUGAGACUACCAUCAAUGAUCAGCAGCCCGAGAAUGAAAUGUUGAAGUAUUACCAGAACGUGACCUUUGUCCUCAAGUCCUCCCGCCUUGUCAGCCCCAAUACCUAUUCCGAGCUCCGCGACAAGACAACUUGCCAUGCUGGUAUUGACAUGCCAGCCAGUUUUGCCGACCCUGUCUGCAAUCUCAUCAAAGAGGGCGUCAUUCCCGUCACCGGAAACUACAUCGAGAGCUUUUCAGACUUUGUCCAGGAGAGCUGCCUUCCAGGUGUUCUGAACAAGACCUUCGACAAGAAUGGCACUUACCCGCACACCCUUGUCUCCCUGUGUGAGGAUCAACAGAGAGAGUACUCUGGCAUCGAGGGCGCCCUCAAGUGUCUCAAUUCUGGCAAGGGACAGGUCACCUUCGUAGACCAGAAGGUUGUCAAGAGGAUUAUGGAUGACCAAGAUGUGAGAGACAACUACAUGGUUGUUUGCCGUGACGAGAGCAGGCCUCUCGAUGAGGACAUCUUUGAUGACACUUCAUGCCAUGUUGGCCACACUGCUCGCCCUGCCCUCGUCAUCAGCAAGAAUAACACCCAACAGAAGGAGACAGAUAUCAAGACCCUUGAGAAAUUGAUGGAGAUUUAUGGCAACACUGACCGAUCUGUCAAGUUCAACAUCUUUGACUCAUCUGUCUACGACUGCGGCAGGUGCCAGAGGUCCGGAAAGCCACUCAACAAGAACCUCAUCUUCCUUGAAGAGUCCAACAGAAUUGAAAUCCUUGAUGAUGAAAAGGUAUUCGCUGGCGAGGUCUUUACAGCCUACAACACCUGCUCCAGCCUGGUGCCCAAGCCCCGUGCCAAGAUCUGUGUCACCAACGAGACCGAGUACGAAGCUUGCCGUCGCUUCAAGGGCAUUGCCGAGAACGUCCCACAGGUUAAGGAUAUCGCCUGGGGCUGUGUCUUGGCCAAUUCUAACAUGGAAUGUAUGAAGGCUGUCCACAACAACUCUGCUGACCUCUUCAAGGCUGACCCCCAGGAAACCUUCAUCGCUGGCAAAGAGUUUCUCCUUGACCCUCUUAUGUCGGUCCACCGCAAUGACAGCGUGACAAGGAACCAUACCUUCACCAGGACUCUUGCUGUCAUCAAGAGUUCAUCCCUCAGCAAAUUCCCUGAUCUCCUCUCCGUGCCAGAAGGAAAACCCAAAUACAUCAAAGACCUCUUCAAGCUCAAGAUCUGCUCUGCAGGAUUGAAGAAUUUCUCAGCCUUCAGCAACCCCAUUGGAUAUCUCCUUGCUAAUGGCACCAUCCCUCGCAUUGGAUCUGUCUUUGAAUCUGUCAACAGAUACUUCCAGUCUUCUUGCAUCCCAGAUAUUGAACCUGAGAGGUUCCGCUUGGAUUCGGACCUCCUCAUUGGCCACGAGCUGAACUGGGGAUUCUCCACCCUCAACAUGUACAACUUUACUGGACAGGAAUGGCUCCUAUGGAAUACACCUGCUACCUGGAACUUCCUCACCUACAACAGGAAGGUCUCUACUGGCUUGGAUAUCAAGAAGCUCCUUGAGCUUAAGAGACAGAACCUCACAUCUCAUAUCCUCAAACAAAACCUUACCUCAUCCAAGGUUGAGCUUCUUGAUGACCUCAUUGGUGUUGAAGGACUUUCUGACCUCGUCAAGGGACUCCAGGACGACAUCAGACCAGAAGGCAAGGAGAGGCUUAGUGUGAUCCGAGAACGUCUGAGCAAUUCCUUCCCCAACUUUGAGGGAGUCCGUACCUUGUCCGAUAAGGUUGAUAUGAUGAACAAGAUGCAGGAGAAUCGUCAGAACAGGAUCAAAAACAGAGAUACACCAUUUGCAGACUUCAUCCAAGGAAAGUUCCGAGGUGAGCUGAUGGUGGAUGUCUUCAGCAAGCUUCUUGAGCUCCGCAGUGACAAGAUUGCUACCCUUGAGGAGAUCAUCUCUCACGUAAAGACCAUCCCAUACCUGACUGACUUCAAAGACAAAGAGAUCACCUCUGUUAUCAAGCAUCCUGCCAUCAUGAGCUAUGUCGAAGUCUACUUCCCCCGCCUUGCCCAGACCUUCGUUGAGCCCUUCGACAACGUUGAGCUCCGUCAGCGUGAAUUCAACCGCUACACUAACCCACUCUGGCUCUCUCCCAUGAUUGACACCUACCUUGAAAUCGUCAGGAAGCACAUGACCGAGAUCACCCAAACUUGCAACUCCAACCUCCCACUCAAAUUCAACGGCUACGAGGGCAGUCUCCGAUGCCUCAAGAGCGGUGUUGCCGACUUGGCAUUCUUUGAUGAGCAGACCCUCCGUAAUCAGGACCUCCUCUCAAGGGUUGGUUUCACCUACAAUGACCUCCGUCUUCUCUGCCCCAACGGCCAAGUGGUUGAGAUUGAUGCCAACCUCGAUGUCGCCAAGGUCUGCAACUUUGGUGAGGUGCAAAACCCUGUCCUGGUGACUGCCUACAAUACCUCAGGAAGCUGGCGAUGGAGGAUCACCAAGGCUUUGAUGAAUGCUCACCACUCUGUUGCCCUCCCAGCCCUCUUUGGAGAAGGUACCCUCAUGGGCAAGGACUACGACAUGCUCCUCCCUAUCGCUCCUCUCAACCAAUCCUACCAGCCCUACCUUGGACCCAAGCCACUCCGCUCCAUGGAGGCCAUGAUCAAGCCUUCAUCAUAUGACUGGUUCAAGGAUCAGCCAGGCAUCUGCUACGGCGAAACCUAUACCAACAUCGUCAAGCAGCGCAACGGAACCUGCCAGGCUAUCGUGAAGGACGUGACCUGCGUCGGCACACCAAGGAUGAAGAAGAUCAGUGUUGGUCGUUUCGGAGCCAAGCAGUACAAGCUGAUCAAGAUGUGCAGCCGCCCGAGCAAGUUUGUUCGCAAGAUGGCCGACUUCCAGUGCGACAAUGGAUAUGGCUACCUCAAACCAGUCGUGACUGCCAUUGCCUGUGAGUGCAUGCCAUGUGAGGAGGUGGUGGAAUACAACGCAUCCUUCACCCAAGAUAAGAUCUGGAAGCAGGAAUCUAACAAAUACCAGUUGAAGGGAGACCAAGACAUCUACAGACAGGUUCCAAUCUGGGGAAACUAUUCAUACUUCUAUAACCACUCCCUCAACAAGAACUUUGAGCUUGGAAACCGCUCCAUCGUCGUUGAGCUUGUCCGCGAGGUCAUUGUGGAGGACCCAAUCCCUGGAGUUAUGUCACAGAUCAACACAGAGGUAGAUCCGGAGAUCCGAGUACAAAUGGACCUCAAUAAUAUCACCAAGACCUGUGAGUCCAUCUGGACCGGCCAGAGCUGGCUCCCUGAGAGGUUUGCUAACUCCAAGACCACCGGUUCCUGCGUCGUACCCGAGCACGGCCGCACCCUUCGAUCUCGUGUGGACCGAUUCCGUGAGAUCAUGCAACGCCAGCGUGAGCGAGAAAUGUAUGAUCAAUGGAAUUAAAUGUAAACCUCAGUGUAAUGCUAAACAUGACUUUGAUUUAUAAAUCUUGAAGGCUCGUUAUUUUUCCCCAUGUUAACAUUUAUCAGAUUGGUAGGCUGACUAAAUUCUACCUUUUGUUACUUUCAUAUUAAUACUUUGAUAGCAGUGUAAUUUGCAGAACUUAUUUGACCUCUUUAGCUUCUAUAUUUUUAUAUGAUUACAUAAAUUUUCAUGUAUUUUUUCUUACGGCAAACAAUUAUGAAUUCUUUCAUGUCUUUGACAUUAUAAUGAAGAAAAUAUGAUAUUUUCCAAUCUAAUUGGAUAACAUUAUCAGUGUACGUGAAAUUUUACUCUUUUCACUUUUCUCUGAAAUAUGAAACAAAAUAUACAUGUUUCAAUACAUUUAGUUUCAAAUUUUAAUAAAGAGAAUUUCUAAUUUUCAUUGGGGAAUUUAGAUAUUUCUUUAUUGUCGUUGUAGAAAAGAAUACAAGUAAUCCCUCAGUAUUAGAGAACCAUGCAAUAAAAUUUAUCAUAGAAGUUAAAAAGAACUUUUUGGUUUAUAUGUGUAAUUGAAGUGUACUACAAUUUGGUGUAAUUUGAAUAAAAAUUAUUUGCUAUAUUGAUAUAAAAAA